AUGAGCAUCAGUGCGGGACGCAAUGCGCCGCUAUCCCCAGUCUCUGUAGUCGGUAGCGAGUUCUCAGUCUCAAAGUACCAGGCUGCCGACGACGGCCCCUUUCCCAACGGUCGAUCCAACCUCGCCUCGCCCCCGAAUUCGGGUGGCUCCAACAGCAACAUGAGCAUCAACGGCUUCGCCAACGCUCCUGGCCCCAGGAGCACCGGUGGUCCAUCGCCUCCCGCCUCCAUCGCCCGCUCCAGCAAUGGCACCAACAUGUAUGCUCGCAGCGACAGCGGCCGCAACAGUGUCCGCGGCGACCUCGACGAGGCCAUCCUCAAUGAGCACUACGUUGCCUUGCGCGCCUUCCUCAACACCCGUGACCCCAAUCACAAGCAGCAGCCCAACAAGGCGCGGGACAAGCUGCUGCGUCUCUCCUCCGUCCAGUUCUACGAGCUCAGUACCGACGUAUUCGACGAGUUGAUCCGGAGGCAGGCCGCCGCCAGAGCCCCCCCGAACGCUCCCAGCGGCCCUCCCGCCUUUCUGCUCCCCGAGAAGAACUUCCACCCGAAGCGAAACCAGGCUCGUCAGAGACUUUCCUCCCUAGGUCCACCCCGAUUCCGCGACCUCGCGGCCGAUGUCUACCACGAGCUCGAACGCAGAUUCCCUCGCUUCGUCGGGGGCGACCUCCCUCGGUCAGGAAGUCCCAUGUCAAUCCGGGGCGCUCCCGCAAGCCGCUCGGGCACACCGGUUAAUGGUAAUGGAUUUCCCCCAAGGGGUCAAAGCCGCAUGAGGAGGCCCUCUGAUGCUCCAUCUAUGAGAGGCCCUGGACCGACAGAUGCUUACGGGUUACCAUCACCAGGUGCCCCCAAUGGCGAUUAUGGAAGACCGACACCAAAGCAGCUCAACCAGAAUAACACCAUAGUUCCAAACAAGAGUACCAUGCUAGAAGAAGACGACGAGGGUGACGGCGACGGCGAUUCAUUUGCGCUAGAACAGGUUACGGACAAUCGCGAGAGCAAGCGGAGUGCCGAGAGCGGUGUGACCUCAGAAGCUGAUAAGAAGCUCAUCGAAGACUAUCAAAACCAGGUACGAGAAUUACGCGAGAAGCUUGACGGUAUGGAGGAUGCUAUGAAGAAGAAGGAAGAGGAGAUGAACAUGGCUCUGGACCAGGAACGGUCACGAGCAACAGCAACCAGUCUUGAGAAGCAGGAAUGGAGCGAUCUCCGGCUCAACCUCGAGAACAAGUUGGCUGAAGCGCAAAAUCUGAACGACUCGAUGAAGCAAGAACUGCAGCGCGUACGGGACGAUCAUGAAGCCGAGACGCAGAGGCUCAGGGAUGAGGUGGCUGCAGCUCAGAGCGCACAACCUACUAGAAGCAUUGAACCCGGUGCUGCAGACUCGGAAUUGCAGCGGGAGAACGAGGAACUCCGACAUGAGCUCCGGGAGCAACAGCAGGUAACAGAGGAGGUCCGGAAGGAAGCUCAAGAGUUUCUGCAAGAGAUGCGAAUCCUAUCCCAGCAAAGUGGCUCAACAUACGAACGACAAGCCGAGCUCGAGAAGACGAUUGAGCGCCUUGAACAUGAAGUACACGAAUGGAGGAACCGCUAUGCUCGCGCCAAGACGCAGCUCCGACAUAUGCGCUCGUCCUCUGUCGGUCUUGGAAUAGAGCACGACGCCGCGAAGCACAUCCGAGAGAAGGGAUUUGUCGACGAGCAUGGCCUUAUUAAGGAUGUCCACGUUACAAAGUUCCAGAUCGCCGUGGACGAGCUCCUGCAGAGGGCACGGGCUGACGACCCAGAGAAGGUGAUUGAUGCUAUGAAGUCAGUCGUGGUCAGCGUCCGCCGCAUCACCAAGGAUAUCGAGGGAGCCCAGAACCAUGAUGAGGAGUUUGCCCAGCAGCAGGCCAAGUUGAAGUCCAAGGUCUCAUCUACCGCCAACAGCCUGAUUACAGCCUCCAAGAACUUUGCCGCCGGUGCCGGAAUGUCCCCUGUCUCCCUGCUCGACACAGCCGCUUCGCAUCUCUCGGCUGCCAUUGUGGACCUGCUCCGCCUGGUCAAGAUCCGGAUCACUCCAGCCGAGGAAUUGGACGACGAAGAGGAGGAUGGAACCGUGACACCUGUGGACUCAAGUGGCCUCUUCUCCCCCGUAGGCAACGACCAGGUUUCCGCUUCUCAGGGUACGCUCCCCCCGGCUCGACCCUUCCAAGGCCUCGGCGCCCGUGGUAGCGUGGACUCAUCGGCAUACAGCCCUAUAACUUCCCCCCGGCAGUCCAGGGAUCCCUACGCCCAUGACAGGUCCAUGUCCAAGGAUAGCGCAGUGCCAAUCGGGCUCGGGUUUCCUGCGGUCCCAAGCGGCAAGCCGGUCAACGGACAUGUAGCACCCCAACCGGAUCCCCGAGCCGCCGAAGAUCUCAAGCUCUACCUUGAAGAUCAGAAUGCCGUUCUAGCGGCCGAUGUCCAGAAGCUCGUCAACACCAUUCGUGGUGAUGCCGAUAUGGAACAGAUCAUGGACGAUAUCGGAUCUAUCUCGGCCAUCGUUGGCAGAAUCAUCUCGGACACACAAUCCUCGGGCUUUGGCGAGAUGGCAACGCAACUCACGCACUACAGAGCUCGACUCCUCGAGUCUGGUGAUCAGGGCCAAGAUAUGGCUAACAUCGGCAUGAACACCAACUCUCACGAGUGGCGAAUGUGGGUGCAAACACUACCACCUAUUGCGUUUGAGAUGGUACGCGAGUCCAAGGAGCUGGUGCAGCAGCUGGAUAACGUGGCCAGGUCAGGGAGGGCGGAUGACUUUUCGUAA